AUGCGUCUCUUGUACUUGGGACAAGUUUUGGCAUUUGUAGCUCUAGCCAGAGCUUAUCAUGAUGUUCACAGCUCGAGUAUUGACACCAAUUCCCCCCAAAUCACCAUCACCCAAGUGAACUCCUCCACACGAUGGUUCGAAGGCAAACCUCAAGUCCAAAUCUUCGACGUAGUGCUCAACAACACUGGCAAGAAUACAUGGUUAACAUCCAAGGACAGCCUUACAGUCUCUAUUGAGUCUGAAAAUCUUAAAACUGUCCAGGCAGCAUAUGUCAAAAGACUUCAACCGGGCGACUCGGUGAUUGUUCAAGUUGGGGUUCAAAAUGAGCACGGUAUCAAACCAGGCUCAUCAGGUCCUGCAACUGCACUGGCUAAAUGGGGCAGUAACUCUUCAACAUCCGUCGAUAUAACUGCAACAUACGGUAUACCUACAUACAAAGCCUCCGCAACAUCAGUCAAUCAACAUGAAUCGCCCGACUGGUUUCGCGAUGCUAAGUUCGGAAUCUUCAUUCACUGGGGCUUAUACUCUAUCCCUGCAUAUGGCGGCGUAGGCAAGAAUGAGAACUAUGCAGAAUGGUACUGGUCCAGCCAAAUGAGUCCAUCUGAUCCAACCAAGACCUAUCAAUAUCAUUUAGAGCAUUACGGGCCAGAUUUUCGAUACGAUGACUUCAUGCAAAAUUUCACUGCUGAUAAAUUCCAGCCAAAAGACUGGGUUGAUCUGGUAGCUGAUUCUGGAGCUCGAUACAUCGUCCCUGUUACGAAGCAUCAUGAUGGAUUUGCGUUGUUUGAUAUGCCUGAGACAAUUUCUGAGCGCAACUCAGUAAAGCAGCCCCCUCAUCGGGAUUUCCUCAGAGAAAUCUUCAACGCGGCAGAGACCUAUCAACCGUCUCUAAGAAGGGGUACAUAUUUCAGCAUGCCCGAAUGGUUUAACCCAGCUUUCUCAAACUAUACCUGGCUCGAUUCCUUCGGUAUUGGUCCCCCCAAAAACCCCUAUACAAACAAAACAGUCCCAUACACCGGCUUCGUCGAAGUCAACGACUUCAUCCCAGACAUCCAAUACCCCCAAAUGAACAUCCUAGCCUACGAAUACAAAACAGACAUAAUGUGGUGCGACAUAACAAUGCCAACAAGUCGUCUUUCCCCGAAAUUCGCAUCCGAAUGGUUAAACACCGAAUAUGCUAAUAACCGUCAAGUCACAAUAAACAGUCGUUGCGGCGUGAUAGAAGGAGACUUCGAUACUUCCGCCGAGUACGCGAGUAGUAUUCCGCUUUCGUUGAGGCAUUUCGAAGCUACGCGUGGUAUGGAUCCGCAUUCGUUUGGGUAUAAUGCUGCGACGCCGGAUUCUGCAUAUCUUAAUGCGAGUGGGAUUGUUAGUACGUUGAUUGACACUGUGGCGAAGAAUGGGAAUUUGUUACUUGAUAUUGGACCUAGGGGGGAUGGAUCAAUUCCGGAAGUAAUGGAGAGUAAUCUCAGGUUGGUGGGGAGGUGGCUUGAGGGUCAUGGGGAGAGUAUUUUUGGGACGAAGUAUUGGGCUAAUGGGCCUGGGGAGGGAGAUUUUCGGUAUACGACCACUGAUGAUGCUUUUUAUGUUCAUGUUUUAGGGAAGCCGAAUGUGGGGGAUAUGGUUUUUACUGAUUUUGUGCCGUAUUUGGAUGGUGAUGAGGUUACUGUUGUUGGGGGUGUGAUGCAUGGUGUUGUGGUUGAAUCGAGCGUUGAUCGGGAUGGUAGGCUUGUGCUUCAUCUUUCGGAAGAUGUUGUUAAGGCUGAUCGAUAUGCGUGGACGUUUAAGAUUGAGUACUAG